AUGGAUGAAUCUGCCAGUCCUUCCAGUCGACAAAGUCGGUACUUGGCCAUCUUGGCACCACUGGUGGGAGCCUUGGUAGUCUUGGCCAUGGCUACCGUGUCGAUGGACCGCCCUGACCAAGUCUCGGAAUGGACAGUCGGUACCUUUCUACCAGAGUUCAUGCAUCGCCGAUUGCAUCAUCCACACGGUGAAAUUGCCAAGUAUUUUGCCUGCACUCGCGUGUUGGCAUCCAGCGAUCACGACUACGACAAUGCCUUGAAUUUGGAAGAGUACAAGUCAUUCAUGAACACCUACGCCGACGAGCAUUGGUCGCAACAAGUGGGAGAGGAUCUUCCCACCGAGCUCAAGGAAAUCUUUAAUAAGUAUGCCAAGGCGACGGAAGGAAAGAGUACGGACAUUAUUGAUAUCUACGGAUCGCGGAAUGGAGAGCGAGACGGAAUCUCUGCCCAUCAAGAAGAUCUCUUGGAAGGACUCUGCAAUGCGACCGAUGUCACCUUGGGAGAGAUGUUCAAAUCAGAGCACGAGACUUUGGGAGUUACCGUCACGGAUGUAUCGGAGGUUCGCGAGGUAGGAGGUGGAACUGCCAAGGGAGGUGUGCAAAGACUCGCCGUCAAUGCGUCGUUCACCAUGACUCUGCCGGAGGGUAUGUCGCUUCAAGACUUGUUGGACAGUCUUGAAAGCGGAGAGGAUCCGGGUCAUCUGCGACAUGCCUUCAAGUCCUUUGUCACGGGCGUGGUCGGCCACAUUGGUGGUACCAUUGAAGAAGGUGGAGGAGAUAGCGACGGAAACUCCACUGUGGAUGACGCCACUCUCGACUUCGAUGACAAUACCACUCGUCGUGAACUGGAGAGGUUCGGUGCCGGUGGAAUCCGAGGUGGGCUCCUCAUUGCCUUUGAUGCAACCGAAGAGGACAAUCCAGCUCGGUUCCGCCGCCUUAACAUCGGCUUUGACCCCAACAGUGCCGAGAUAUACAACUACGUGGAAUCACUUUGCCCUGGACAGAAUGCUUCGUCCCUCGUGGAUAGCAUCAAGGGCACCCUUGGUGGAAUCUUUGGUGGAAAUGGUACCAACAGCACAGAUCUCGAAGACGUGGUAGAAAAGUCAUGUGUCACAGCCAUGGGCAAGUACAAGAUUGACGUCGACGAGGCUGAAGAACGAAGCGAAGGUGGCUUGACUGCCAUUUACCAAAAGGCUUCGGAUGCCACCAAAGAGGCCAUUGACAGUGGUGCUCUGGAAACAGAGUUGGAGAAGGAACCCGAUGGCGACUUGUUCCAUGUGGAGGGACAUGGUGUGGUGGAAGACGAUUCAUUUGAUCCUUUCGUGGAGGUAACACUCCAAGAAGAAGAGCACGAAAAGUCCAUGCGCACGGUGGACAUCAUUUUGAUAUCGGUCGGAUCAGCAAUCAUCUUGUGCCUUUGCUGUGUUUUAUGUUUUGUUGAGUUGGAGCGAAAGACGAGGCCCCGCGCAGCCCGCGGGUAA